GGAUUUGGAUCAAACACAUGUGAACAUGGUCAUGAUGCUGCUGUCAUCUGUUCAGAUGUGUCUAUUCUUUUAACUGGAUCUGGAUCAACUCAAUGUUCUGGCAGAGUUGAAGUUUAUCACAAUAACAGCUGGGGAACAGUCUGUGAUGAUGGCUGGGACUUAAAUGAUGCUGAGGUGGUUUGCAGACAGAUAAACUGUGGAUCAGCACUGGAAGUUCCUCCAUCAGCUGACUUUGGUGCAGGAACUGGACAGAUCUGGCUUGACAAUGUGACCUGUUCAGGAAAUGAAAGUUCUCUAACUGAGUGUCAACACAGUGGAUUUGGAUCAAACAGAUGUGAGCAUAGUCAGAAUGCUGCUGUCAUCUGUUCAGGUGAGAAAAGUUCUUUCCUUUUAGAUCUGAUCAGAUUAGCUGGGUCUGGAUCUUCUCGAUGCGCUGGCAGAGUUGAAAUCUUUCACAACAUGUGGGGAACAGUCUCUGAUUGGUACUGGAACUUGAAUGAUGCUGAGGUGGUUUGCAGACAGUUAAACUGUGGGUCGGCACUAGAAGCUACUCAAUCAUCUAAAUUUGGUGCAGGAACUGGACAGGUCUGGCUCACUGAUGUGACCUGUUCAGGAAAUGAAAGUUCUAUAACGGAAUGUCAACACACUGGAUGGGGAAACUACUACUACAUCAGCAAUUUCUACAACUAUUACUACAACUACUACUACUACUACUACUAUGGACAUUCUUAUGAUGUUGGUGUCAUCUGUUCAGGUGAGAUCAGAUUGGCUGGAUCUGGAUCAACUCGAUGUUCUGGCAGAGUUGAAGUUUAUCACAAUAACAGCUGGGGCACAGUCUGUGAUGAUGGCUGGGACUUAAGUGAUGCUGAGGUGGUUUGCAGACAGAUAAACUGUGGGUCAGCACUGGAAAUUCCUCCAUCAGCUCACUUUGGUGCAGGAACUGGACAGAUUUGGCUUGACCAUGUGACCUGUUCAGGAAAUGAAAGUUCUCUAACUGAGUGUCAACACAGUGGAUUUGGAUCAAACAGAUGUGAACAUGGUCAGGAAGCUGCUGUCAUCUGUUCAGGUGAAAAAAAACUGCUAGAAAGAGAUAAGGACAAAUGUAAAAGUUUUCAUUGUUCUUUGCCUUUAGAUCUGAUCAGAUUAGCUGGAUCUGGAUCAUCUCGAUGCUCUGGAAGAGUUGAAAUCUUGUACAAUAACAUCUGGGGAACAGUCUCUGAUUUUAACUGGGACUUAAAUAAUGCUGAGGUGGUUUGCAGGCAGAUAAACUGUGGGUCGGCACUACAAGCUCCUCGAUCAGCUUACUUUGGUCCAGGAACUGGACAGAUCUGGCUCAGUGGUGUGAGCUGUUCAGGAAAUGAAAGUUCUCUAACUGAGUGUCAACACUCUGAAUGGGGAAACUACUUCUACUACUAUAACAACAAUUUUUACUACAACUACUAUGAACAUUAUUCUGACGCCGGUGUCAUCUGUUCAGAUGUGUCUAUUCUUUUAACUGGAUCUGGAUCAACUCAAUGUUCUGGCAGAGUUGAAGUUUAUCACAAUAACAGCUGGGGAACAGUCUGUGAUGAUGGCUGGGACUUAAAUGAUGCUGAGGUGGUUUGCAGACAGAUAAACUGUGGGUCAGCACUGGAAGUUCCUCCAUCAGCUGACUUUGGUGCAGGAACUGGACAGAUCUGGCUUGACAAUGUGACCUGUUCAGGAAAUGAAAGUUCUCUAACUGAGUGUCAACACAGUGGAUUUGGAUCAAACAGAUGUGAGCAUAGUCAGAAUGCUGCUGUCAUCUGUUCAGAUCUGAUCAGAUUAGCUGGGUCUGGAUCUUCUCGAUGCGCUGGCAGAGUUGAAAUCUUUCACAAUAACAUGUGGGGAACAGUCUCUGAUUGGUACUGGAACUUGAAUGAUGCUGAGGUGGUUUGCAGACAGUUAAACUGUGGGUCGGCACUAGAAGCUACUCAAUCAUCUAAAUUUGGUGCAGGAACUGGACAGGUCUGGCUCACUGAUGUGACCUGUUCAGGAAAUGAAAGUUCUAUAACGGAAUGUCAACACACUGGAUGGGGAAACUACUACUACAUCAGCAAUUUCUACAACUAUUACUACAACUACUACUACUACUACUACUAUGGACAUUCUUAUGAUGUUGGUGUCAUCUGUUCAGGUGAGAUCAGAUUGGCUGGAUCUGGAUCAACUCGAUGUUCUGGCAGAGUUGAAGUUUAUCACAAUAACAGCUGGGGCACAGUCUGUGAUGAUGGCUGGGACUUAAGUGAUGCUGAGGUGGUUUGCAGACAGAUAAACUGUGGGUCAGCACUGGAAAUUCCUCCAUCAGCUCACUUUGGUGCAGGAACUGGACAGAUUUGGCUUGACCAUGUGACCUGUUCAGGAAAUGAAAGUUCUCUAACUGAGUGUCAACACAGUGGAUUUGGAUCAAACAGAUGUGAACAUGGUCAGGAUUAG